UGAAAUCCUAACCUAAUCUUAAAUGAAAAUUUCUGAGCGAUGUGGAAAUUUAGAAACGUUUUGAAAUUGUCCAAUUGUUUUAAAAUUCGGAAUAGGUGUAUUUGUGGAACCAAAUUUUGGAGUUUGCAACAAAAUGAAUAUUUUCAUCAUCAAUAUGGAAACAAGGGGGGCUUCAACUAUUAUAAGGUAGAUUCGUUAGCAUUUCUUGGGAUUACUGCAUUUGCAGUUGCUUCUUGUGAUUCCCGAACUCAUACUAACAAGAGAUUAUUUCGGGCUGCCCAAUAUGGAGUUACAGAAGAUUUAAAAACUCUUAUUAAUAAUAAAAUUAAUAUAAAUGCUCGUCAUGAGCUAGGUUGGACUCCUUUAAUGGUGGCUGCAGUAAAUAAUCAGUAUGAAGCUGUUAAAAUAUUGCUGGAAUCGGGGGCUGAACCCAAUUUGGGUGAAGAAUUUAUCAGUGCAAAACGGACGGCUAAAGAAAAGGGGCUUCACCCAAUUGAAGUUCUGAUGACUCGAGAAGAAGAAUUUUCAAAUAGUUUAAACGCCAAAGUGUCAUAUAGAGGUUUCACAGCAUUGCACUAUGCAGUUUUGAUCGAUAAUUUGAGAAUCGUUAAACUUCUAAUAGACAAGGGGGCUGAUCCUACUAUUGAAAAUGAAGCUGGUCAUAUUCCUCUCGUAUAUGCUGCUGAAGGUGACUUGAAAAAUUAUUUGGAAGAAAAAACGUCCAAAUUUGAAGAAAUYAAGAAGCAAAAAGAAUUGGAAGAGCGUCGAAGGUUUCCAUUGGAGGAAAGACUUAAGAAACACAUUGUUGGGCAAGAAGGUGCAAUUACAAUAGUUUCUGCAACAAUUCGUAGGAAGGAAAACGGUUGGGGCGAUGACGAACAUCCAUUGGUGUUUUUGUUUUUGGGGUCUUCCGGCAUUGGCAAGACUGAAUUGGCUAAACAAUUGGCUGCUUAUAUUCACAAAGAGAAGCCUCAAGCUUUUAUCAGAUUGGAUAUGUCCGAGUAUCAGGAAAAACACGAGGUUGCCAAGCUAAUUGGGGCACCUCCGGGUUAUAUAGGACAYGACGAAGGGGGCCAAUUGACUUCGCGUUUGAAACAYUGUCCAAAUGCUGUUGUUUUAUUUGAUGAAGUAGAUAAAGCCCAUCCUGACGUUCUUACUGUUCUUCUYCAAUUGUUUGAUGAGGGACGCCUUACUGAUGGUCAUGGUAAAACAAUCGAAUGUAAAGAUGCUAUUUUUAUCAUGACUUCGAAUUUGGCUAGUGAUGAGAUCGCGCAGCAUGGUUUAAAGUUGAGGCAAGAAGUUGAGAAUUUGCGGGCCAACAGAUUGAGUAGUAGUAAGACAGAUGAAGAAAUAUCCGAUAAUAUAACCAUUUCGCGAAAAUUCAAAGACGAGGUUGUUAAGCCCAUUCUGAAGCGGCACUUUAAACGCGACGAGUUUUUGGGAAGGAUCAACGAAAUCGUCUAUUUCUUACCAUUUUCGAGAAACGAAUUGUUGCAGCUUGUUAGUAGAGAAAUGUCAGUGUGGGCUCAAAGAGCUAAAGAUAAGCACAAAAUCGAUUUAAAUUGGGACCGGAGUGUGGAGUCGGCGCUUGCUGACGGUUACGACGUCCACUAUGGUGCAAGGUCUAUAAAAUAUGAAGUGGAGAGACGCGUUGUUAAUCAGUUGGCAGCGGCUCAUGAAAGCGGUUUCAUUGGGAAAGGAAGUGUGGUUCAAAUUACGACGGUUUGGCAUGAAAAUACUCUAAGUCCGGAAAUUAAGUUGAGGGUGAAAAGUAAAGGAGCGAAGAGUUUUGUUGAUGUGGAGAAGAAUAAAUUGCCGGUUAAAAAUAUUAAUUCUGUUUUUUAACAUUUGUAGAUCUGUAUUUAUGUAAAUAAAAAUUAUUUCAAGUGGGAA